GUAGGCCAAACGGGCCCUGAGGCUGAAGAAGCCAACACCGCCCGACCCGCUCACCCCGACCAAACCCGACGAAACCCUAAACCACACUUUCGCAGUUUCGCUCUCCCGGCCUCCUCUUAUCGUUCGGGUCCGAACGCCGAACCGCGCGAGGACGACAUGAUCGAGGAGGAGUUGGUGGCGAUAUCUAGGGUUAUCUCUCCAGUUGUUCUUCUUGUGGAUCGCUGUUGACGCUAACCAUUAAUUUCAAAAUCUCGAGCCGUUAAAAGGAUGCGAUCAAUGUACAUAAAACAUACAGACACAGUGCUUGUCGGUCUUUAUUGUGACUCAGCUCAAUCUGGCCUGGCACCACUUUAAACAUGACCUGGCCCAAGUUAGCCUUCUGCCAUUUGGAAUGUGACUCCGCCCAACCUGGCUUUCUGCCAUUUUGAAAGUGAUUUGGCUCAGCAUGAGUUCACGCUACGAGAUAGGAUGCUAGCCUCUUUAAACCAACAACUAUUGGAGCUCAAAACUGGUUGCACUCAAAAUCAAAUCUUGCUUUGAGAGGAAAAAGUGGCUGCAUAGUGGCCUCUAGUUAUCUUAAAAAUAUAUAUAUAUAUAUUUCCUACUUGGAGGCCGUGGCCCGGAAAAGGCUCAUUGGGAGCCCAACUUGUGGUUUGUUUGAGGCCCAAUUUAAAAGCCUUCAUAAAUUGCACGCCUCCCCUCCUCCACUUGCGUAAAUUAAAUUCCCACAAUUGAAAUAGACCCACAACAUAGCUAUGAGAAUAGUAGUAUCCCCAUUGCUACUACUUCGCUUCCACGUCCCGUAUAAAACUCUUUUCCCCAUGUUCCAUUGCUUUGUCCAUCAAUGCACAAGCUCUACUAAACUCAACCAUCUUCGUCUCCCCAACACUUCUAACAUCAAUAAUUCUAAGAACGACUUUGAUGCGUAUUGCACGCUCCUCGAAGCUUGCAUUCGAUCGAAGUCACUUGUAAAGGGUAAGAAGAUCCAUCAAGAGAUAUUGAGAAACGAUACCCAUAUCGCAAAUUCCGUUUUGUUAGAGAAGAUCGCUUGUAUGUACAUAUCAUGCGGUGAAAUCGGGCUUGCCCGCAAUGUGUUUGAUAAAGUUCCCCAACCAAGUGUGUUUCUUUGGAAUGCCCUCAUCAGAGCUUAUUCUUGGAAUGGCCCUUUUGGUAAGGCGAUUGAGUUAUACUAUCAGAUGGUUGGUUUAGGAGUUGAGCCGAACAAGUUCACAUUCCCUUUCGUUCUCAAAGCGUGCUCGGGUAUGCUUGCUUUGGAGGAGGGAGUGGACAUACAUAACCAUGCGAGAAGAGUCGGGUUGGACUCCGACCUCUUUGUGUCUACUGCUUUGAUAGACAUGUAUAUGAAAUGCGGGUGUUUAGAUGAUUCUCACAGACUCUUCAAUAAAAUGCCUAAAAGAGAUGUCGUCGCUUGGAAUGCCAUGGUUGCUGGCUAUGCCUUUCAUGGUUUUCAUGAUGAAACAAUUAAUUUUGUUCUAGAGAUGCAAAGAGAAGGCAUGGCCCCCAAUGCUUCCACUAUGGUAGCAAUUCUCCCGGUGGUGGGACAAGCGAAGUCUCUUAGACAGGGAAAAGGCAUUCAUGGGUAUUGCAUGAGGAGGCGUUUUGAUGAGAAAGAUGUUUUGGUGGGUACCGCUGUGUUGGAUAUGUAUGCGAAAUGUGAGCGAUUGGAUCAUGCUUGCAAAGUAUUUAAUCGAAUGAUGGUGAGAAAUGAGGUAACUUGGAGUGCAAUUAUUAGUGGAUAUGUUUCGUGUGAUAGGAUGGCGGAAGUGUUGGGCUUGUUCAAUGACAUGAUGCUUGCGGGUUCUUCCUUUUUGUCACCAACCUCUCUUGCAGGUGUUCUUAGAGCAUGUGCAAAAUUGGCUGAUCUAGAAAAGGGUAAACAAUUACACUCACUUUUAAUAAAAUCUGGGUAUUUUUUAGAUUUAACUGCAGGGAACUCGCUUCUUUCAAUGUAUGCACAAGCCGGAAAUACCGAUGAUGCAUUGGCCCUUUUUGACGAAAUGCCUGUGAGCGAUACUGUUUCUUAUAGUGCACUUAUAUCAGGGUUUAUACAAAAUGGUAAUGCAGAGGAAGCAUUUCUUAUAUUCAAAAAGAUGCAAUUAUCCAAUAUAGAGCCAGAUGAUGCAACCAUGGUCGGAAUUAUCCCAGCUUGCGCCCAUUUGGCUGCUCUACAACAUGGGAAAUGCAGCCACGGCUAUGUUAUAGUUCGUGGAUUCACAUCCGAUAACUCAAUAUGUAAUGCCCUAAUUGACAUGUACGCGAAGUGUGGAAGGAUCGACCUUUCGAGAAAGGUGUUCGAUAAAAUGCCGACUCGGGAUAUUGUAACUUGGAAUACACUAAUCGCGGGAUAUGGACUUCACGGUCUCGGUCAUGAAGCCAUUUCUUUAUUCAUUGCAAUGGAGAGCGAGCGGCUAAAGCCGGAUGAUAUUACAUUUAUAUCCCUAAUCUCUGCUUGUAGUCAUUCAGGACUUGUUACGGAAGGAAAGUAUUGGUUUAACGCAAUGAGGAAGAUCUACAGCAUAAUCCCAAGAAUGGAACAUUAUAUUUGCACUGUGGAUCUUUUGGGUCGUGGAGGAUUUCUCUAUGAAGCCUAUGAUUUUAUCCAAAUGAUGCCAUUCAAGCCUGAUGUUCGCGUGUGGGGUGCUUUACUUGGAGCUUGUCGAGUUCAUAAGAAUAUUGAAUUAGGAGAGAAGGUAUCGAGAAUGGUCGAAAUGCUAGGAUUCGAGGGUACUGGGAAUUUUGUUUUACUAUCAAAUAUAUAUAGUGCUGCAGGGAAAUUUGACGAGGCAGCACAAAUUAGAAUUAUGCAGAGGGAGAAGGGCUUUACGAAGAGCCCGGGAUGUAGUUGGAUUGAGAUUAAAGGCUCUCUUCACGCUUUUACUGGCGGGGAUCGAUCGCAUCCACAAUCAUCUAUUAUAUAUCAGAAGUUGGAGAGAUUGUUAGUGGAUAUUAGGAAAUUUGGUUACCGACCCGAUGUAACUUUUGCGUUGCAUGAUGUGGAAGAAGAGGAGAAGGAACAUGCCCUUCUUUAUCACAGCGAGAAGCUUGCGAUAGCGUUUGGGAUUCUCAUCUUGAGGAAUGAUCAGACUAUCUUUAUCACGAAAAAUCUGCGUGUAUGUGGAGAUUGUCACAUGGCGAUAAAAUACUUUACACUGGUUACAAGAAGGGUCAUCGUGGUGCGAGAUGUUAAUAGGUUCCAUCAUUUCAAGGACGGGUGUUGUAGUUGCGGCGAUUUUUGGUGAUGCCACCGACACUUGAUAACAUUACUUGAUAACAUUGAUAGUUGCAGCUUCUAUUGCUUCAUUACACAAGAAGCAAGGUACUUCUCCUAUUACUUGAUCAUGCUGUAAAAUGAAGAUAACUACAACUUGUAUAACUUCAGGUUGUGAAUAUAGAACAUCAUAUAUACACAAUUUAAGGUUUUCAUGAAUUAUUCUGUUGUUAUCGAGGAUAUCAAAUAUUUAAGGUUAGAUCACAUUUUUAGUCCUCAAAUUAUAAGGUGGGUAAGACACUAGUCCUCAAAAUUUACUUUGUUGCAAUUUCUGAAACGUUAUGAAUUAUUGCAAUUAAAUCUCAUAAUAAUACAAUCUAGUUAACUGAAUUUAGUUGGUCGAAUAGUGGUGUGUCGUUUAUAUGACAGUGAUAUCAUAGUGUUGUGCAUAAUUGAUGAUGCGGCGAUAACCGGGAUGUUGCAUCUCUGCAACGUUUGCAGUAUAUUACUAUUUAGUCAACUAAAUUGCAACAAAUUAAAGUGUGAGAGCCAACAUGGCACGGUCGCAUAAUUUGAGUACCAAGAGUGUAGUUUAAGCCAAUACUUAAUUAUAGGCUAAAUUAUAAAAAACGUCCUUGCACUUUAGCGCUUGU